AUGGACAAAGAUCAACCCCAACCCGACGCCUCCGCAGACUUCCACCCGGACCACGUCACCCGGGCUACCUUCCAGGCCCUACUCACCCGCUACCCGGCCACGGUGGAGGCCGUAACGCGCCGCAAGGUCACAGACCGCGUUCUCCAAGCCUCCAUACGGGGCAAGCGUGGCAAGCGCGUGCCUCCUGCUCAGGUCCAGAAUGCCGAGCUGGACGCGGAACAGAAGAAGCAGGUCGAAGCCGAAGUCCAGGCAUAUCGGGAGUUAGAUGCGCUGAGGUAUGAAGCGCACACGACGACUACGUCUGCUGCGGGCGAAGAAGCUGAAGCUGGUGCAGCUGCAUUCCCCAAGACGAGCCUGGACGCGCUGGUCAAACCCCUCCGCGGCGUGGGCGUUGCUACCGCGUCGCUGCUCUUGUCCGUGGGCACGAUCCGUGACCCCGAGCACGAGGCCCCGUUCUACAGUGACGAUUCGUACCUCUGGCUGUGUCUGAAGACGUUCCCGGGGCUUGGUCAGGAGAGCGGACAGACGGACAGCGACAAGGUAGGGAAGAAGGCGAGCAAGUUCAAGCGCAAUGGCGAGAUCAAUGUCAAAUAUGACCUCGCGGAGUAUCGCGCGCUGUGGACGGCUGUCAAUGCACUACGGGCGCGGUUGAAUGAGACAGAGACGAAGACGGAGACGGAGCCUGGGUCUUCUUCGGGGAAGGUUUCUUGUGCGGAUGUUGAGAAGGUGGCUUUUGUGCUAAGGCAUCUUGAUAGUUCUGGGUAUUUGGAACCGGAUCUGGUGGAUCAUGAUUCGCAGGGGGUGAAGGCGAAUCCGGGGAGUAAACGGAAGCGGUUCGAUGAGGCGGAGAAGACGAGAGGCCGGAAGAGUAAGAAGCAGACUUGA